UAUCUCCUGUUCUACAGACGUUAUUACCGUCUGGAUCUAUGCGCUGCAGGAAGCUGAGCAACUUAUACAGGUCAUCUAUCCAGAGGUGGACUCCAACUCCCAGAAUGCCCGAGCAGAGUAAUGACUACCGGGUGGUGGUGUUCGGAGCCGGUGGGGUGGGGAAGAGCUCAUUGGUCCUUCGGUUUGUCAAAGGAACCUUUAGAGACACCUACAUCCCCACUGUAGAGGACACGUACAGACAGGUGAUCAGCUGCGAUAAGAGCGUCUGCACGCUGCAGAUCACAGACACAACAGGAAGUCACCAGUUUCCUGCCAUGCAGCGCCUUUCCAUCUCCAAGGGCCACGCCUUCAUUCUGGUCUACUCCAUCACCAGCCGCCAGUCUCUAGAGGAGCUCAAACCCAUAUACCAACAGGUUCUCGCCAUCAAAGGCACCGUGGAGUCCAUUCCCAUCAUGCUCGUGGGCAACAAAAGUGACGAGACGGCCCAGCGUGAGCUGGAGACGAAAGAGGGGGAGGCUCAGGCCGCCGCCUGGAAGUGUGCCUUCAUGGAGACGUCAGCCAAGACGAACUCCAAUGUGAAAGAACUGUUCCAGGAGCUGCUGGCCCUGGAGAAGAAGAGGGACAUGAGCCUGAGCAUCGACGGCAAGCGCUCGGGAAAACAGAAAAGAGCCGACAAGUUGAAGGGGAAGUGCAGCAUCAUGUAGAGUGAGCGGCGGCGGCAUUGACUCGCUGUAGAGAUGUGGAGCAGCAGAGACACUCCCCAUUUUUCCCCUGCUCUGCAUCUCAGAGGGCAGGUCUUCUUCUUUGGUGGCGCUCCUGAACACUGAAGCCCAGAGGAACAAAAUGAGGAACUAUUUAUGCCAGGGGCCUCAGGCUUGUCCUGGAUCCUGAACUGGAUUGUGUUUGUGGUCAUAAAAUAUUUUAACAUAAUAUACACACUAACUAACUGCUGCUACCUAUAACCACCACACUUACAUUAUAAUAAAGGAAUACUCCACUGAGUUUAUGGGCAUUUGAAGACUGAAAGUUCUCCACUGGUCUCAAACGGAGCCUCAAACCCGGCCAGAAGGUGUAUCUUUAGGACCCAGUCUGACUGGUACUGCUAAAUUUGAAAGAUGAAUAUAUUUGCUUUACUUCAGAAGUUACCAACUUUUACUAUUAUUUCUGUUCUUUUUAUGCCUUGCGAGUAUCUGUAACCAAGAAUUUCCCCUCUGGCAUCAAUAAAGUAUACUGAUUCUGAUUACAGACCGUUAGCUUGCAAGGCUAAUGCAACGCACUGGGUACACUGUGUUCCCAUGAUGACAUGCAAGGAUCCAGACAACUUGCAAAGUUAGA